GAGCUCUUCAUCCUCACCUAAUCGUUUCUCAAGUUAUUACACACGAUGGUCUCCAUGCUCACACCUAUGAUCUUCUUGUUCGUCUUCUUAGCUUUCCAGCUUCUAUGUCAUAUAUCCAUAGCUGCUCCUCCUCCUCCUACACCUCUUUACACUGCAGAUGAUGAUCUUGAUGAUAUUUCACUCAACUGCGGUGCUUUUGGCAACUCAAAGGCUAUGGAUGGGCGCCUAUGGAUCGGAGAAAUGGACUCCAAAUUCACUCCCCUCGAAGAUCACAACCACCCCAAAUCUGUUACCUCUACAGCCCAACAACAAGACACCGUCGAUCCUGUCCCCUACACAACUGCCCGUUUAUCUUAUUCCCCAUUCACGUACGUGUUUCCAAUCACGGCCUCCGGACAAAAGAUCCUUCGCUUCUACUUUUACCCGGCUUCUUACGUUGGUUUUGAUAGGUCUAAGCUGGACUUCUUCACUGUUCAAGCGGGUUCGUUCAUCUUACUUAGAAACUUCAGUGCUUCCCUUCUUGCCAAUCACUUGGGCGAAUAUACUCUCUCUAAAGAGUUCUGUAUCAACAUUGAAAAGGAUCAGAAUUUGACUUUAACGUUCAUCCCAACUCCAAGUCGUGGUUCUACUAAUUUCUAUGCUUUUAUUAAUGGAAUUGAGAUUGUCUCCAUGCCAGACGACCUGUACUACAAGCCAGAAGGUGAGGGCAUACCUUACAUAGGCCAAAACUCCGUGUUCUACAGAUUCUAUGACAUGGCACUGGAGAUGGGUUUUCGAUUACAUGUGGGCGGGAGAUUUAUAUCAUUGAUAGAAGAUGCAUACAUGUAUAGAGAAUGGUCCGGGGAUGGAAAUUAUGAUGGCGGCGCCGUAACCCCUCGUGAGCCAUACUUGAACCUCACAUACACGCAAAUAUCAAAUUACAUUGCAUCCACUGAGGUCUAUUGGUCUGCAAUGUCCAUGGGUCAUAACAUGAGUACCAAGAACAUGCUGAUCUCUAAUUUGACUUGGGGUACUUUACACGUCGAUUCGGGAUUUGAGUAUAUGGUGAGGCUCCAAUAUUUCUGCGAAGUGGAGCGGAAGGUUACAAGCCUUUGUCAAAGGCAAUUUAUCAUCUAUAUAGAUAAUACCACAGCCAAACAUGUCGCUGAUGUAAUGCUUUGGAGCGAAGAUAGAGAUACGCGGCCUGUUUAUCGUGACUACGUGGUAAUGAUCCAAAAUGAUCAGGGAGUUGAGGGCAAGCGUAAGCUUUUCGUUGCAGUACAUCCUAUAGCAAUUCCCACAACUUACAAAAAUGCCAUUUUAAACGUGAUUCAAGUGUUCAAGUUGGUCAGCAACCCAAAGCAGAGCCUUCCGGCCAGAUCCAAUCUCGAAUAUGUGACCCCUCCACAGCCAGCUCAAAAAACUGCCCCAAUGACUCAUGUGGCUCAAGAAACUACUACGACGGUUGUGGCUCAAGAACCAACUGCUUCAAUAACCAACGAGUCUUCAUCGUCAAAGAAAACAAUAAUAUCAAUUGCCAUUGGAAGUGUUGUGGGCUUCUUGGCCGUCGCAAUUCUAGUGUGCUGCAAGGCUCUUUCCAAUUCACUAACGAAGUGUUCAGCACCUGACAAAGGAAAGUCAACACGGGCAAAAGCCUCAUCACUGCCCGGAGAGCUAUGCCGCCGAUUCUCACUAGAAGAAAUCACAACAGCAACCCACAACUUCCAUGAAGAAUUGAUUAUUGGUGUUGGUGGCUUUGGGAAAGUAUUUAAGGGUCUCGUUGAAGAGAGUACAAUGACUGUGGCGAUCAAACGCUUGAACCCAGAGUCAAAGCAAGGUCGCAAAGAGUUCUGGACAGAGAUUGAGAUGCUCUCUCAACUUCGCCAUGUCCACCUUGUCUCUCUCAUUGGUUACUGCAAUGACGAGGGCGAGAUGAUCCUUGUCUAUGACUACAUGGCCAAUGGGACACUUCGAGACCACCUCUACGACACAAAUAGGGAUCCCCUCCCGUGGAUACAAAGGCUCGAAAUUUGCAUCGGAGCAGCCUGUGGUCUGAACUACCUGCAUACGGUAGUGAAGCACCCCAUCAUCCACCGUGACGUAAAGACGACCAACAUUUUGUUGGACGAAAGCUGCGUGGCCAAGGUUUCGGAUUUCGGGUUGUCCAAAGUGGGUCUGGAAAACGCGGCUGUUAGUACCAUGGUAAAGGGCACGUUCGGGUACUUGGAUCCGGAUUACGCAAGACGUCGGCAACUGACAGAAAAAUCGGACGUGUACUCGUUCGGCGUAGUGCUGCUUGAAGUAUUAUGUGCCCGAAAAGCACUGAACCCAAAAUUGGAGGAGGAGCAAUGGAAUUUGGCCAAUUGGGCCAAGAAAUGCAUUGAGAAGGGGAUCAUGGGUGAGAUCAUAGAUCCGAAUCUGAUAGGCAAUAUAGCUCCGGAGUGUUUCAAGGUGUACAUGAAUGUCGCAGAGAACUGCGUACGUGAUCAGGGGAUCCAACGGCCCACCAUGAACGAUGUUAUGGGAAACCUCAACUUUGCAUUGCAACUACAGAAGGAAGCAGACAUUGUGAAGAAGGAAGCCAAUGCAGCCGACAACGGAGCCUAUACGGAAGUGUUAUCAUUCGAUAUUUCCGACAUCACCGGAGCUCGUCGAUACAAUAACGUUUUCAGUGUACACGUGUCUGAAUCGGAUAGUGGGACCUGGUUGAUUAGUAAUAAUACAGGGGAUCAUGACCUACCCGAGUCGAAUUGAUACGGAUAGCUUGGUUUGAAGAUUUGUUUACGGAUAACAGCAACUUGCAGAGGUAUUUUCUUGG